AUGGUCUCCGAAUCGAAGAACCAGGUCAUUGUCAUAGAUGAUCUGUCGACGGCCUCCGAGUCCGAGUGGGACUUUGGACCGGCCCCCACCGACGCGAAGCGCCGUUCGGUACAUGGGGCCGCGAAAAAGGCCACCCGGGGGCGGCCGGCCAAGAAGAACAAGGCCGCCCAACAGGAACCGCCACCAGGAGACGAGCUCGAGGAGGCCGGGGUACCGGAUUACAUACGGCAGCGGCGCAAAGUCUUUGACGAGAACAAGAAGAUUCUCGAGACUGCGGGGCUGAGGUUACCUCCACAAUACCACAAUGUCGACCUCGGAGAGGAGGGAAGGCUGGAAGAAUUGCAGGAGCGACCGCUGUUUGACGCAGCGAGCGGUAUACGGCCGCACCGGGCAUACAAAGAUGUCGAACUCGAGCGAUCUGGCGGCCUCAUCCCGGCUUCGAUUGCCCAAUACCUUCGUGAUUACCAAAUCACGGGUGUCCAGUUUCUCCAUCGCUUGUUUGUGAACCAGGAGGGCGGGAUCCUGGGCGAUGACAUGGGCCUGGGGAAGACGGUGCAGGUGGUGGCGUUCCUCACGGCCGCCUUUGGCAAAACUGGCGACGAGAGGGACAGGAAGCGGAUGCGCGCGAUGCGGCGAAACCCCGGACUUGAGGACGCGGUGAUGACGGCAAGGUCGGGUCUGCUGGAAGUCAUGAUUACCACCUACCAGACGUACAAGCAGAACAAGAGCAGCAUCAACGGCGUGGAGUGGGACGCGGUUGUGGCGGACGAGUGCCACGUCCUCAAAGACCGACGCUCGGAAACCACCAAGGCCAUGGACGAGGUGAACUCCCUUUGCCGCAUCGGCCUCACGGGCACCGCGAUACAAAAUUCCUACGACGAGCUCUGGACGCUGCUCAACUGGACCAACCCCGCGCAGUUUGGGUCGCUCGCCGAGUGGACGAGGACCAUUUCGCGGCCCCUCACGAUCGGGCAGUCCCACGACGCGACGCUCAAGCAGCUGAGCAUUGCCCGAAAGCGGGCGAAGCAGCUGGUCCAGAACCUCCUGCCCCGGUUCUUCUUGCGGCGCAUGAAGACGCUCAUCGCGGACCAGCUGCCCAAGAAGAGCGACAAGGUGGUGUUUUGCCCGCUCACCGACGUGCAAAAGGAGGCGUACGAGAACUUUCUCGACAGCGAAAUGGUGACCUUGCUGCGCACCCUCGGGGACCCUUGCGACUGUGCGUGGCAGUCCAAGAUUUUCCCCUGCAUGAUGGCGCUGCAAAAGAUGUCGAACCACGUCACGCUCAUGGUCCCCUCGUCGCUCGACUUGGCCGACAAGCAAGCGUCGGAGCUCAAGAUGCUGCAGCUCGCGUUGCCGGACACGUGGCGAACGCUUUACGAGAAGAGGGACUCGAUGGUGAACCUCGCCAACCCGGAAUUCUGUGGCAAGUGGAAGAUUUUGAAGAAGCUCCUGCGAUUCUGGCACGGAAACGGGGACAAGGUGCUUGUGUUUUCCCAUAGCGUCAAGCUUCUCCGAAUCCUGCAGUAUCUUUUUAGCAACACGAGUUACUCGGUCAGCUACUUGGACGGGUCACUGAGCUACGACGAGCGGCAAAGGGUGGUGGACGACUUCAACUCGGACCCGAGCCAGUUUGUCUUUUUGAUCUCGACCAAGGCGGGAGGGGUUGGCCUCAACAUCACAUCCGCGAACAAGGUUGUCAUUAUAGACCCUCACUGGAACCCCUCGUACGAUCUACAAGCGCAGGACAGAGCCUACCGUAUCGGCCAAACGCGAGACGUGGACGUCUUCCGGCUCAUCUCGGCCGGCACGGUGGAGGAGAUUGUAUACGCGCGACAGAUUUACAAGCAGCAGCAGGCCAACAUUGGCUAUAACGCGUCGGAAGAGAGGCGGUACUUCAAGGGCGUGCAGAAAGACGAGGAGCGGAAGGGAGAGAUUUUUGGACUGUCCAACAUCUUCAACUACCAUGGUGACCAGCUCGUGUUGCGCGAGAUUGUCAACAAGACCAACAUUGCGGAAGCGCGAGCCGGCAUCAGCCUCGUUGAUGUGGACAUUGAUAAGGCGAUUAAAGACGAGGAAAUGACAGCUGCGGUGAAGAAGGAGGGCCCGGACGAUGAUGGGGGCAUGAGCCAGCUGGCCGUCCUCGUCGCUGCUGAGGACAAGGAGGAGUUACUCGGGCCCAAGAAGAACGAGAAGCCGAAGAGCGACGCGAUACAAGCCAUCCUGGCGUCCGUGGGCGUGGAAUACACGCACGAGAAUUCGGAAGUGGUGGGGUCCUCCAAGGUCGAGCAGCAGCUGUCGCGUCGCGCCGAGCUGGCUGGAGAUUCAGACGCGGACCUCGAUGAUGAUAGCGCUCUUUUCGCGGCAGACCCUCUCUUCGAAAGCACCGAACUAGGAGCGACCGGUGCGCAUAUUUACAAUCCGCCAGAGGAGGCUAUGAGGCGGCAGUUUUGCUCCAUGGCGACAGAGUUUGGGUUUCCGAGCGCGACGGAAUUCGCCCUCGUGGUGGAGAGUAUGACGCAAGAGGAGCGGAGAAACUGCCUCGACAAGUUUUAUAAGCGGCGCGCCUUGAGGCUGGAACGGGGGUCGACGGCGUCCCUGGACACGAGGGCGACUGGGACUCCGCGCCCCGGAGAGCAAGGGAGCGUCAAGGCCGAAGCAAAUAGAGAUAAGCUACAUGGGAUGAAGAGGGAACCGGCGGCUAGGGUAGUCAAGGCGGAGACAAGCCCGCAACAACCUACGAGCAUCACAAAGGCGGAGAGAGUGCACGAUACACCGGUAAAAAGGAGGAGGAUGGAGAAGCCGCGGAAGGAGCGGCAAAGUUGA